AUGUUACUGAAUAGACAAAAUUAAAUAGAUAAAAUAAAAAAAUUGUUUAAUAUUAUUAAUAAUACACAAAUAUGUAUUUUAUUGCUAAUUAAAUCAAUAGUUUGUGUUAAGGCCUGAAAGGUGACUGAAUUUGUAAAUUUCCGCUCUAACAAUAUGGCCGCCAGUUGUUUAGGGUAAUGUGGCGUUCAACAAAUCUGAGUGAAAUUGUUAAAAUACAAACUAGAGACGUAAAAAUGUAUGAAGUUUUGGGUGUUUUAUAGCAGUGUCCCAUGGAAAGAUAACCCUGGAUAUUUUUUAGUUGGUGCAUUAAAUGCUCAAUACUGAAAAAUUGAACAGUCAACAAACUUUUGUUUAUUUCAUUCAAGUGGAAAUAUUUAGUAUUCUCAAGGUGUAUAUGAGUAUGAACUAUCCAUACUGUUACUGAAAUAAGAAUUGAGGACUGACGUUGACACAUUAGGGUAUGGCAAACUUGAAUUAUCAACAAGCGCCUAGAAGCCUCGUAAGUGGGGGCGUUGGUGGGCGCGUCGGUUCGGGUCUCGUCAGCGGAGUGUCAGGACAUGUGACGCCAACGUUUGGUGGGCCGCUGUCACCGGGCCGGGGAUCGACGGCGAUGCCCGGUGGUGCACCCCCGUCUAUGGCAUCUAGGUCAACAUUAUUUGGACAGCGAGCAUUUGCUGAUCGGAGGGUACCAAUGGCGACGCCACUGUCGCAAGCUAACUCAAAUUCUAUGUCAAGCAUGGCGAACCUGUCCCGGUUCAACGCGAGCAACAACUACCACUCGGUGUUCGGCGAAGGCGGGGACACGUCGACGCCGCCGCUGCUGGACCUGAGCGAGUUCCCGUCGCUGACGGCGCGAGGGGCGGGCGACCAGGCGCCGGCCGCGGCGCCGCCCCCGCCCGGCUCUAAACCUUACGUGGGUAUGGUCAAGCAGCCAACCGCCGAGCAGUCGGAGUUCACGAUGUCGUCGGAGGACUUCCCCGCGCUGCCGGGCACGUCGAGCGCGGGCGCGGGCGCGCUGCCGCCGCCGCAGCCCGCGCCGCACGAGUUCGUGCACGCGCCCGACAAGCCCGCACGGAAGGGCAUACAGACCUCGCCUGAAGGCAAAGUGACGAACAUCCCCGAGACGAUGAUACCCAACCAGUUUGGCAUCGUUGGCUUGCUAACGUUCAUCCGAGCCGCGGAGUCGGACCCCAGUCUCGUGUCGUUGGCGCUAGGGCAGGAUCUCACUGCGCUCGGGCUGAAUCUUAAUUCGCCGGACAACCUUUAUUUAACGUUCGCGGGGCCGUGGGCGGAUACGCCUUGCAGGCCUCAAGACAUGGACUAUCAUGUUCCUCCUGAAUACCUGAUAAACGGAUCAAUUAGGGAAAAAUUAGCACCUCUACGACUGAGUCGAUAUAAAGAGGAUUUACUUUUUUAUCUAUUUUACUGUUUCGUCGGAGACGUACUGCAAAUUGCCGCCGCCGCUGAGUUAUAUAACCGCGAGUGGCGGUAUCACAUGGAGGAGAAGGUGUGGAUCUCGCAGGCGCCCGGCAUGCCGAUGGUGGAGAAGACGUCCACGUACGAACGGGGCACAUAUUACUUUUUCGAUGCGCAUAAUUGGCGUAAGGUGGCGAAAGAAUUUCACCUGGACUACAGCAAGCUGGAGGGCCGGCCGCAGCUGCCGCCGCACGUGCUCACGUAGCGGCCGCACCUCUCUCACACUAUUUACGUAGUUUUGUUAUAUAAAAAGUACAAGUUA